AUGGGGGACUCGCCUUCCGUCAACGAUCUCCAUAAAGCAAUACCGCUGACCGUAUCUUACGACUCGCACUACAGUAAUUUCACUUUUGACGCUGGACCCGUGAGAGUCGAGGCGCGAUUCUUUUCUCCUAUCCUGCCGCAAGAUCUCUGUAAGAGUAGUGUUCCGCUCAGCUAUCUGGAAGUUGCGUACAUCACCACCGAUGGAGCUUCACAUGAUGUACAACUUUAUUCAGAUGUGGAUACCAGUUGGCUAGCGGAUGGCAAUUCAACGAUGCGAUGGAGUAUCGACUGUCCCGGCGAGUCUUUCGAUGAUCACGAAUGCCCAACCAAGGGCACAGGAACUCCCGAAACAUUAUACCAUUGGGAAGCAGAGAUCCUGGAUCAGGUUUCAUGGUUUGAACGUGGUCUUAGAAAUGAACCAUACUGGGGCAAGCUACACUACAUUUCUUCUCCUCGCUAUGCCACGGAAUUCAGUUUCGCCAAUGGAUUAGCAACCACUACACGGAAGCAGUUCGUUCGCGACGGCGCACUGGAUCGUUCCUUUGAUCAGGAUCAGCCUCGACGGCCAGACGACAGGGUGCCUGUGUUCGCUUAUUCCCAUGCCUUCACGACGAGCCAGUCAGGAUCGGUGUUAUACACCGUCGGUACGACCCAAGAGCCUGCUGUGCACUACCGUACCGCCAUCGGGGAUGUCGAGCUUCAGCCAUGGUGGAUGACGAAUAAUUGUUAUUUCACUAUCAACAACAUGAUUAGUAAACACUACCAAGACUACACCGCUUCUGCGAAAGAGGCCAAAGUUUGGACCAUGCAACUUCGCCAUGACGUCGCUACCUAUUACGCUAAGGAUAGAGCGAAAGAUGACAGUACAGAAGUAUCUUCUAUGUCGGAAGAGGAGUCGUACUAUGCCAUUCUCACACUUUCCACUCGCCAGAUCUUGGCUGCGAACGUUCUCACAGAAUCUGCAGACAACGCUACGGGAGCAACCAUCUUCCAGAAAGAAAUCUCCUCAGACGGGAAGGUGAACACAGUUGAUGUGAUCUAUCCUGCAUUGCCCUUUUGGCUUUACGCAAAUCCUGAGCUUCUUCGCUUGCUCCUCAAGCCCAUCUUCGAGUUUCAGGAGUCUGGACUUUACCAUGAACAAUAUGCCAUGCAUGAUAUUGGUCGCUUCUAUCCAGAUGCUAUAGGCUAUUUCAGCUCAAGCAUACCGGACGAAUGGGGCGAAGAAGCGAUGCCUGUUGAAGAGAGCGCCAACAUGAUCAUCCUGGCUUAUUCGUACUUCAUGGCUACUAACAACACUGAGUAUCUGGCAACGCACUUUGAUAUACUCAAGCGAUGGACAGUCUACGUGAUUGAAAAGAGCCUAUAUCCUGAACAUCAGACUACUACAGAUGAUUUUAACGAUCCCAUCGCCAAUAAUACUAACCUCGCGAUAAAAGGUAUCGUGGCCAUAAACUGCAUGGGUGGUAUUGCCUCAGCUCUCGGAGAUAUCACACUAGCGACCAGAUAUGUAACCUUAGCAUACGACUACUACGAGCUCUGGGCCGCCUCAUCUAUCGAUACCACCAAUACCCAUACCCUCCUAGCUUAUCAGCUCCCCAAUUCAUACAGCAUUCUCUAUAACAUUUAUCCGGCUCUCUUGUUCAACCUCCGCUCAAUCCCCAAGUCCCUCUUCCUCAUGGAAUCAGCCUUCUACCCCACUGUCGCCCAAGAAUACGGCGUGCCUCUCGAUAAUAGACAUCUGUGGACAAAGAGUGAUUGGGAGAUGUGGGCCGCAGCUACGAGCCUACCCCAGACGAGAGCUUUGUUUGUGAAAUCGCUUGCAAAGUGGAUCAAUGAAACAGUUACAGACAAGGCGCUUACCGAUCAUUACAUGACGACGGGGGAUGGAAACUAUACAGACUAUCCGUUUAUCGCGAGACCAGUUGUUGGAGGGCAUUUUUCGCUACUAGCCAUGGGAAUGUUUGGAAGACAUGGUGUUCCGAGUGAAAGAAACUAUCGAGAGAGGUGA